GUCACCGAUCAAACGAGAUUCGCACAGCAACGCCAGCAGCAGCAGCAGCAGCAGGAAAAUAUAGCGACAGUGAUCAUCUCCGUCAGCAGCAUUAUCCAUUAUCCGGAGAGUCAUGCAGGUUAAGUGCCUGAUCGUCUGUCUCGCUUUGGGGCUAUUAAUGCUGGCCACGCCCGUUUGCGAAGCGCGCCGAGGGCGUGGACGUGGACGAACCAAGUCCAGGGUGCAGAUCGGAUUGCCAAUUACCGGAAAAUAUCGCGAUCCGGAGUCCGAUCAGUACUACAAUAAUAAUAAUGGCGCCAAAAUCCUACAAGCCUCGCACUUCGAUCUUGAGUACGUUCUGGGCCACAAGAUCGCCUUUUUGUGCGUGGCCAAGGGCAAUCCCCGACCCCAUAUCACCUGGUACAAGGACGGAGCGGAGAUCUAUCAGCACCUCUAUAUGCACGUACACGAAUGGCGCAUCGGCGACGACAAGGUCAAGUCGAAGAUCGAAAUUGACCCUGCCACACAGAUGGACGCUGGACUCUACGAAUGCACCGCCGACAACAUGUACUCCAUCGAUCGGCGCAGUUUUAAGACGGAUUUCUCCAUUGCCUUCGACUGAUCGCAACAAAGCCAUUAUCAUUCUUAUUAUUUCAAAUUUGUUGCACUUGGCAAAACAUAAAAAAUAAAUCUGAAAUAUAUCAGAGUACAUGACAAAAAAGAAUCUUUUAUGAAGAAAAUCUCGUUUAAAAAAUGGAAUAAAAUAGUGUAUACCC